AAGCUCUCAAAAUCACAUUCCAAAAAAAACAAAAUCUUGGUCUUGUUGGUGAGAAAUUAAAAGAUGGAAAUUGCAGGAUUUAUUGAUGAAGAAUGGGAAUCAUUGAGCCAAAUCUUCUCAAGCGUUGAAAAUGUGGAUUUGUUGCAGCAUUAUGGCGAACCUUCAUUUCUCUCUCAGGAAAGCAGCAACGAAGCCCUUUUCUUCAACAUUGAUGAAGAUCAUCAUCAGCCGCCGCCUUUGGACACCAACUCAUUUGAUGAGACCAUGAUCAUCAACAUGCUGCCCGAUCACGAUGUAAUAAUGGAAGAGUUUCUACGUUCAAAUCGGCCUUUGGAUUCUUGCCAGAAUAAGAGGAAGUCUGAGGAGCAUCAACAUGAUAAAUCUCCCAAGAAAAAACCAAGAAAUCAGCAGCAGAAAAAUACAAAAAAGGGGAAGAAACAAGUCCAAGAUAAGAAUAUAACUGAAGAAGAAAUAAAUAGUGGAGGAAAUAGACAGAGCUGCAGCAGCUACAGCUCUGAAGAUGAUGACUCAAAUGCUUUGAUUAAUGAAAAAAUCAACAACUCCAAAGCCAGAGCCAGUAGGGGAUCUGCAACUGAUCCACAAAGCCUCUAUGCAAGAAGAAGAAGAGAGAGAAUCAACGAGAGAUUGAAGAUCUUGCAGAAUCUUGUUCCCAAUGGAACAAAGGUUGACAUUAGCACAAUGCUGGAGGAAGCUGUGCAAUAUGUGAAGUUUUUGCAGCUUCAAAUUAAGUUGCUGAGCUCUGAUAAUAUGUGGAUGUAUGCCCCACUUGCUUACAACGGAAUGGACCUCGGCAUUUAUGAUAAUAUUUGUCCAAAUCUGAGGCAAUAGAAUUUUGAGUUAUUGCUCACUUUUUAAACCAUAUCAAAAUUCGAUUAAGCGGAGUUAUUGUCAUUUUCAUGUUUUUCCCUGUAUAAAAAAUAUUACACGAAACAAAAUAUAUAAUUUUUUGGGAUAUCAAUUUAGAGGAAGGUCCAUCACCAAGUAAAGGGGAUGUAGCCUCGAGAACUGUCUCGUUUAAUUCUAUGUAAUUUGAUUGGCAUCUUAAUAUAUUUAUAUGUUGAGUUGAGCAUAAA